AUGGCGAGAUCCACGGCGCUUUCGCUCCGUGCCGUCCUCGCGUUUGCCGCUGGCGUGUAUUCGCAGAACUGCAUCGGCAGCACCGGAGCUAAGGUCUAUGAGGCCGAAAAUGGAGUUCUCAAUGGAACCACCGUCGCGACGGAGCAAGCUGGCUUCACAGGCACCGGCUACGUAACUGGCUUCGAGGAUGCCACCGAUAAGGUAACCAUCAACCUGGACUGCCAGGGCGAAGGACAGAAGCUAUUCGACCUCAACAUCAGAUACGCUGGUAUCUACGGCGAGAAGCGCACGAAUGUCAUCCUUAACGGCGGUGCCGCUAGCGAGGUGCUCUUGGCCGCGACCGAGACCUGGGCCAACGGCAACAACACGCUUGACAUUGUAACGCACUGGGGAUGGUACCUCAUCGACUCCAUCACCCUCACGCCCACCGAAGCCCGCGGUCCUCACAAUGUCAACACAGCUCUCGUCAACGCGAAGGCCAACGCUGAUGCCAACGCCCUGUACACCUACCUCCGCUCCAUCUACGGCAAGAACAUCCUCUCCGGUCAGCAGGAACUCAACUACGCGAACUGGGUCAACGAGACCAUCGGCAAGUCACCCGCCCUCGUCAGCGUCGACCUGAUGGACUACUCCCCCAGCCGCGUCGAGCGCGGAACCGUCGGUACUGCCGUCGAGGAGGCCAUCACCCACCACGAGCGAGGUGGUAUCGUCUCCGUGCUCUGGCACUGGAACGCGCCUACCGGUCUGUACGACACCGAGGAGAACAAGUGGUGGAGCGGUUUCUACACUCGCGCCACCGACUUUGACGUCUCGACUGCCCUUGCUGACACCACCAACGCCAACUACACCCUCAUCAUCCGCGACAUUGACGCCAUCGCCGUCCAGCUCAAGAAGCUCCAGGAUGCCGGAGUCCCCGUUCUCUGGCGCCCGCUUCACGAGGCCGAAGGUGCAUGGUUCUGGUGGGGAGCUAAGGGUCCCGAGGCGUGCAAGAAGCUCUGGGCUCUGGUCUACGACCGUCUCACCAACCACCAUGAGCUGAACAACCUCGUUUGGAUCUGGAACUCUGUUGCUGCCGACUGGUAUCCCGGCGAUGAUACCGUCGACGUUCUCAGCGCGGAUGUCUACGCUCAAGGCCACGGCCCCAUGACGACGCAGUAUAACGACCUCAUCACGCUCGGCCAGGACAAGAAGCUCAUUGCGGCUACCGAGGUCGGCAGCGCUCCCUUCCCCGAUCUUCUCCAGGCGUACGAGGCCCACUGGCUAUACUUCUGCGUCUGGAGCGAUGGCUUCAUCAACAACACCGAAUGGAACAGUGUCGAUGACUUGAAGAAAAUCUACGAGAGCGAGUAUGUCCUCACUCUUGACGAGAUUCAGGGAUGGAGAGGUUGA